CCCCUGCCUGCUCUCCUCCGGCUUCAGAGACACAGCGAGGUUAGACACCUCACAUCACAGAAAGGACUUGAAGCCAUCUCUCGCCACAGCACAGUCUACCUCCGGGUGCAACUGCUGCAAGCAUGAUUAAGAAAAUGACACCAUCCGAGAAUGAGUUCGACAUUCCGGCCAAGAAUUGCCACAGGAUGGUGAUUCUGGGCUCCACUAAAGUUGGGAAGACAGCCAUCAUCUCUCGGUUUCUGAACGAGAGAGUCGACGACCAAUACACACCCACUAUUGAGGACUUCCAUAGGAAACUCUACAGCAUCAGGGGGGACGUUUACCAGCUGGACAUUUUGGACACAUCUGGAAAUCAUCCCUUCCCUGCAAUGAGGAGGCUUUCAAUUCUUACCGGUGAUAUGUUCAUCUUGGUAUUCAGCCUGGACAACAGAGACUCCUUCCAGGAGGUGCAGCGCCUGAAGCGUCAAAUUUACGAGACCAAGUCCUGCCUGCGAAACAAAACCAAGGAGAACGGGAACAUCCCGCUGGUCAUCUGCGGCAACAAGUGUGACAGAGACUUUUACCGCGAGGUGCAGGAGGAGGAGAUCGAGCAGCUAGUUGGUGGAGAGGAGCACUGCGCUUACUUUGAAAUCUCAGCAAAGAAAAACACCAACGUGGACCAAAUGUUUCAGACUCUCUUUACCAUGGCCAAGCUGCCCGACGAAAUGAGCCCCGACCGGCACUGCAAAGUCUCCCUGCAGUACUGCGAGGUUCUUCACAGAAAGUCCUUCAGAAACAAGAAGUGCAAAGACGGGAACGCCUAUGGGAUUGUGGCUCCGUUUGCGCGAAGACCCAGCGUACACAGUGACUUAAUGUACAUAAAGGAGAAAGCUGUAGGAGGCAGCCAGGCCAAAGAGAGAGGCUGUAUCAUAUGCUGACACUUUGUUUGCAUGUGUGCAAAAGACUUUCUGUCAGACUUUUCCAGUGCUGAAGUUGAGCCGUUCCUCAUACAGGGCACAUACACCCAAAAAAACUGUAGACUGCAGCCCCCGAGGCGACAGUGACAUAUUGUAAAGCAAACUGUGAUGAGACACUUGGGACAACAGCUCAUAGGCCUGUCCCCUGUGUAGUGAUGCUGUAAAAUCUGCCUCUACAUAAGCUUGUCAAGAAAGGCUCUUGAGAAAAAAAUGUUUACAUUUUGCUUUUUUUUUUCUCUAAACUUGGUGAAAGUUGCAUUAUUUGUUGCAUUAUGAACAAACCUGAAUGUAUAUUUAUUAU